AUGCUCUCUGCCGCCGCCGUCGCCGCUCGGGCCGGCUCCCGACGAGCUGCGUCCCGGCCAGCGGCCCUCGCCGCGGCUCCGACCCGGCUCCGAUGCGGCCCCCGACCUCUCGCCCGAGGCCCAUGCCGAAGCCUCCCUCGCGCCCUGUCGACGACCAGCGCGGCCGCCUCCCCUCCGGCGCGGGACCGGACGCGCGAAAUCGUCGCGCAGACGGUGAGCAGCAUCGGCAGCAAGCGCGAGGGCCAGCAGUACCUCAAGCUCUUCACCUCGGUCUCGUCGCAAAAGUUCGCCGUCAUCAAGGUCGGCGGCGCCAUCCUGACCGACUACCUCGACGAGCUCUGCAGCAGCCUCCUCUUCCUCUACGAGCUCGGCCUCUACCCGAUCAUCGUCCACGGUGCCGGCCCCCAGCUGAACCGGCUCCUCGAGGAGGCCGGCGUCGAGCCCCAGUUUGAGGAGGGCAUCCGCGUCACCGACGCCAAGACGCUCGGCAUCGCCCGUAAGCUCUUCCUCGAGGAGAACCUCAAGCUCGUCGACCGGCUCGACGAGCUCGGCGUCCAGACGCGGUCCCUCAGCGGCGUCUUCAUGGCCGACUACCUCGAUAAGGACAAGUGGCAGUACGUCGGCAAGAUCACAAAGGUCAACAAGGAGGCCAUCGAAAAGUCCAUCGAGGCCGGCUACAUACCCGUCCUGACCUCCAUGGCCGAGUCCGACGACGGCCGCCUGCUCAACGUCAACGCCGACGUGGCCGCCGCCGAGCUGUCCCGCGCCGUCGAGCCCCUCAAGGUCGUCUACCUGUCCGAGAAGGGCGGCCUCUUCGACGGCGACGGCGAGAAGAUUUCCCACAUCAACCUCGACGAGGAGUUCUCCACCCUCAUGGCCCAGCCCUGGUGCCGCUACGGCACCCGCCUCAAGAUCAAGGAGAUCAAGGAGCUGCUCGACACCCUCCCCCGAACCUCGAGCGUCGCCAUCAUCCACCCCAGCGACCUCCAGAAGGAGCUCUUCACCGACUCCGGCGCCGGCACGCUCAUCCGUCGCGGCGACAAGAUCCAAAAGGUCACCUCGGUCGCCGGCUUCGGCGACGUCGCGAAGCUCAAGGAGAGCCUCAUCCGUGACCGCGAGGGGCUCGACGCCGAGGCCACCGUCGAUCGAUGGAUCGACUUCCUGCGCGAGAAUCCCUUUGCCGCCUACUUCGACGAGACCAUGCAGUGCGUGGCCAUCGUCAUGCCGCCCGGCGAAGACCGCCCCGUCGCGACGCUCGCGACGCUCGCCAUCACCAAGUCCGGCUGGCUGACCAACGUGGCCGAGAACGUCUUUGCCGCCCUCCGGAAGGACUACCCCAGCCUCGUCUGGACCGUCAACGAGGCCGACGAGAACCUCACCUGGUUCUUCGAAAAGGCCGACGGCAGCCUGAACCACAACGGCAACGUCCUCUUCUACUACGGCACCGACCUCCGCGGUGAGGCCCUCGCGCCCGUCUACGACGAGUUCAUCUCCCACGGCCGGGCCAUGCUCGGCGACUCCAACCUCGAGGCCCGCCUGCGCCGAGCUGCCCAGGCCUCGAGCGAGUCCCUCCGUCCCCAGUCUCGCGCCUUCUCCACCCUGGGCCGUGGCGGAUCGCAACGACGCGGCUACGCCACCAGCACGACCAACCCGAACCCGCCGCUGGGCAAGAAGAAUGCCUCAAACACUGUGCCGGCCCGCGUCGGUCUGAUCGGCGCCCGCGGCUACACCGGCCAGGCCCUGAUCGACCUGCUCAGCGCCCACCCCUACAUGGAUCUGCGGCACGUCUCCUCGCGAGAGCUCGCCGGCCAGGAGCUCGCCGGCUACGCCAAGCGGAAGAUCAUCUACGAGAACCUGAGUGCCGAGGACGUUGGCGAGCUCGAGAAGAGGGGCGAGAUCGACUGCUGGGUCAUGGCCCUCCCCAACGGCGUCUGCAAGCCCUACGUCGACGCCAUCGAACUCGCCGGCAACGGUCGCGGCGAGCGGAGCAUCAUCGUUGAUCUCUCGGCGGAUUACCGCUUCGACGACGGCUGGACCUACGGGCUGCCGGAGCUGACGAAGCGGUCCGAGAUCUACCGGGCCACGCGCAUCGCCAACCCCGGAUGCUACGCCACCGCCGCCCAGCUCGGCAUCGCGCCGAUCCUCGAGCACGUCGGCGGCCAGCCGACCAUCUUCGGCGUCUCCGGCUACUCCGGCGCCGGCACGAAGCCGUCGCCCAAGAAUGACAUCAACCAGCUGCGGGACAACCUGAUGCCCUAUAGCCUGACGGACCACGUGCACGAGCGCGAGAUCAGCCGGCAGCUCGACACGUCCGUCGCCUUCACCCCCCACGUCGCCUCGUGGUUCCGCGGCAUCCACCACACCAUCAACAUUCCGCUCAACAAGACGAUGACGUCGCGAGACAUCCGCCAGAUCUACCAGGACCGGUACGCCGGCGAGAAGCUCGUCAAGGUCGUCGGCGAGGCGCCGCUCGUCCGGAACAUCAUGGAUAAGCACGGCGUCGAGAUUGGCGCCUUUGCCGUUCACAGCAGCGGAAAGCGCGUCGUCGUGUGCGCGAGCAUCGACAACCUCCUCAAGGGCGCCGCGACCCAGUGCCUGCGUACGUUUUACUUCCCUAUCGCUGACCGAACCGAAAUCCCCCCUCGCUCCCCACCAUUUGAGCAAGCUGCGACGUCGAGAGGGGACACAUCGCUAACUGUUGCGGCAGAAAACAUGAACCUUGCUCUGGGCUACGCCGAGUACGAGGGCAUCCCAACCAUGUAA